AUGGCCCUGGAUCCUUUUGAGCCCAUCGUCUUCGGCGCCGAAGGCGCAGAGCUGGUGGCGACCGUGCUGCCAUACGGCCUCACGAUUCACACGAUCGGCACCGAGGAGGGCGAGGACUUCAUCGGCGGUCCCGAACACCCGCGCGACCAUCAAACUCGAGGCCGAGCGUUCCUGAACCCGAUCAUCGGUCGUUUUGCCAACCGUCUUCCCGUGGGCAAGAUCGACUACACUUCGGCCAGCGGCCAUUCGGGCCACCUCCAGCUCGAGGAGUACAGAGGACCUGGUGUUGUGCUUCACGGCGGAGCCGAGGGCGAAAAGGAGAACCAGGUCGACAGCAUCGUGCAGCACGGUCCGUUUGACAGGUGCUACUGGCAGCCUCUGGACACCAAGGAGAGCAAGUUCUUCUGCGAUGCAGGCUAUGCUUCGACGAGCAACCCGACGGGCAAGCAGAGCAGCCUGAUCUUUGCGAUCGAGUCGCCCGACGGCGACUCUGGGUUCCCAGGGAAGCUGCGUGUCGAGACGCUGAUUGCGCUCGUCCCGGGCUCGGGCUCGGACAGCGUGAUGGGCAAGUCGGCAGGUAAGCUGUUGAUUCGCUACCGUGCCGCCCUCGCAUCCGACGGCUCCGUGGAAGCCACGCCUUUCAACAUGACGCACCACUGGGGCUUCAACAUGUCGGCCUCGAACGAGCAGGCGUGCAAGGCCGAGAACGGCACGGUGACCGAACAGAUCAUCCAGAUGUACCCACCACCGGGCAAGCCGCUGUACCAUCUCGACAUCGACCCAGCGAUGCUCGCCACGGGCAAGAUGAAUGUCACGACCGGAGAGCCCGAGACCUUCUCCAAUCCCGGCUCGCACCACUGGGACAGGAAAGACGGCAAGCGCAUCUCGGAUGGCAUGCCCGCGAACGGCUACGACGACUUUUACCUGUGGGGACCCGACGCUUCGGUUCCUCAGGCGGACGAGAUCAGCAAGAUUGCGACCGAGGCGACCAAGCGCAUGCGCGUCACGUCCGAGUCUGCCGGCCGCUCCGUGCUCUUCUACUCGAACCAGGUCGGCGUGCAGAUGUACACUGCCGAAGGCCAGCCCGAGCACCCCGCUGAUCCGGCCCAGUCGGGCGGCGUGAUGAAGCAGGCUCACCGCAAGGGCGGCCAGCCCGACAGCGGCAACUUCAAGCGCAGCUUUACUGCCAUCGAGUUCGGCGGACCGCACUGCGGCUUCCUGCACGACGGCCUCGCAGACAUGGGUGGACGCGAAGAGGUGCUCGAAAAAGGCCAGAUCUACGAUAACUGGGUCGUAUGCGAGGCCUUCCGCAAGUGA